CUUCCUGUGGUGCUCAGAAUUACUUCUAGAAAUUUGAAACCCCAGACUCUCUCCAAGAUGUACCUCAGCGCUGAAAAUCACCGCAUACCUCUAAGUGAUGGAAACAGCAUUCCUAUCAUCGGACUUGGUACCUACUCAGAACCUAAAUCAACCCCUAAGGGGAGCUGUGCGGCAUCAGUGAAGGUUGCCAUUGACCUGGGGUACCGGCACUUUGACGGGGCCUACAUCUACCUGAAUGAGCACGAAGUGGGGGAGGCCAUCAGGGAGAAGAUAGCAGAAGGAAAGGUGCGGAGGGAGGACAUCUUCUACUGUGGAAAGCUGUGGGCUACAAAACAUGAGCCAGAGAUGGUGCGUCCAACCCUGGAGAAGACACUCAAGGUCCUCCAGCUAGAUUAUGUGGAUCUUUACAUCAUUGAAAUACCCAUGGCUUUUAAGCCUGGAGAUGAAACCUAUCCAAGAGAUGAGAAUGGCAAGUGGUUAUAUCACAAAUCAAAUCUGUGCACCACUUGGGAGGCUUUGGAAGCUUGCAAAGAUGCUGGCUUGGUGAAAUCCCUUGGAGUAUCCAAUUUUAACCGAAGGCAACUGGAGCUCAUCCUGAACAAACCAGGACUCAAAUAUAAGCCAGUCAGCAACCAGGUUGAGUGCCAUCCAUAUUUCACCCAGCCAAAACUCCUGAAAUUCUGCCAACAACAUGACAUUGUCAUUAUUGCAUACAGCCCUUUGGGGACCUCCAGGAAUCCAGUCUGGGUGAAUUUAUCUUCCCCACCUUUGUUAAAGGAUGCACUUCUCAACUCACUGGGGAAAAAGUAUAAUAAAACAGCAGCUCAAGUUGCUUUGCGUUUCAACAUCCAGCGAGGAGUGGUAGUCAUUCCUAAAAGCUUUAACUCUGAAAGGAUCAAAGAAAACUUUCAGAUCUUUGACUUUUCUCUCACUGAAAAAGAAAUGCAGGACAUUGAAGCCUUGAAUAAAAAUGUCCGCUUCGUGGAAAUGCUCAUGUGGCGUGAUCACCCCGAAUACCCAUUUCAUGAGGAAUACUGACUUCAGGGAGCUUCUGAACUGCUUUUUCCCUCCCAUGUGCGCCAAGACCUUUGGCUGGGUGGUUCCGCCAGAUGUGGAAAUGAACGGCAUUUUCCUAUCCUCAGAUGAAGUGGUGAUGGAAACGAUUACUUUUGGGUAGUGUAAGUGACUUUGACCUAGCUAUGUUGCAGAAAAAAAAUGUUUAAAUCUGUUGAAAUAAUUAUUAGAAAUUAUCAGUUAAGAUUUUAUUAGAUCAGUGUCUUCUGGGUUCCCAGACAGAAAAACAUCAGGCUUUAGAAAAGACUUCAGAGGCAACAUAUGAAGAUAAAUAACCUGAAUCGGGUACUACCACUGGUAGCCUGAGUUUGUUAGUACUUAACAGGGCAAAAAAGAGGGUGGAGAGCUGCCACAUGCCAGUGUGCUGGCAGUGGCCUUGAUGGUUUGGACGACUGACUGUAAGACAGACACAGCCAAGAUAAGAUCCACGCGUGCAUUAUUAACAAGGCAGUGAUUUGCUGCACCUUGAGGAGAGAGCAAGAGCUAAGUGCAGAAGGGUCUUACAAUAAAGCUAAUUAAAUACCACAGCAGUCAGCAAAGCCAUUGUGACUUAGUUGUUGUCUGUUUCCACCCAAUGUACAUUUGCUUAGUUUUUACCUAGCUUGAGGAACAGAUAAUUGCUGGUUUCCUCUUGCAUGCUUUAAAGGGCCUGAGCUCCAACCUGACUGGUGAAUCAUACUCGCACUGACUGUCACUCUUGCCCCCAUUCAUCACAGGGCCACCGUUAUACAAAGUGGCUUGAGACAACCAACAUACACAAAUAAAGCCUUGUAUCGUAAACAGUCCAAAGAUGACUGUUUUAAAAGAAGGCAUUUAAAAAGGAGGCUUUAGGAAACAUAUUGAAAAAAGAAGUUUUAGGGGCCAGCCCGGUGGUGCAGGAGUUAAGUGUGCACGUUCCACUUCGGCGGCCUGGGGUUUGCCGGUUCGGAUCCGGGGUGCGGACAUGGCACUGCUUGGCACGCCAUGCUGUGGUAGA